GACAUAUGACUGAACUUUGAAUUUGACUAGAUAGGUAUUUAAGUUUCAAUUCUACGCUAUGUUGGAAGGUCUGUUGAAAUGGGCAGUGGACUACCUGCUCAAGGAUUACGUCAUCAUAGACCCCAACUCGGCCAAGACGAAUAUUCUAGAAGGAAAGAUUGAGUUCGAGAACUUGGAAUUGAGACCGGAUAUUCUGGAGAAGCUGGGAGUGUCUGGCUAUUCGUUGCGUGCUGGGCACAUUGGAAAACUGCUGGUGCACAUAAGUCCAUUCAACUACUCUUCGCAGCCGGCUAAUGUGUUGAUCGAUGGCAUUUAUCUACUCGUUGUUCCUUCACACGUGGUGAAGGUAGACAAGGCGACUAAGACGAAGCGUAGAGUGGAGGACAAGUUGAGAACCCUGGCCAAGAUUGAAGAGAUGCGCAGUCAGAAGUUACUUGCAGAAGAUAAAGACCAAGAGGAACAGCAGAACAAGAAGGACGGAUUCCUACUCAGACAGGUGAUGGCGAUAGUGAGGAAUCUGCAGAUCACAGUGAACAACAUCCACGUGAGACUGGAAGAUGGGACCACUGACCCCAGCUGCAAAGUGUCCCUCGGAGUCACACUGGAGAGCCUCACUCUGCGCACAUGCAAUGGCAAAUGGGAGGAGACUCUCGUCACUGAACAGACGUCGAACGCAUUCUUCAAGGUGGCUAAAUUGCGCAGUCUGUCUCUCUACUUCACGACUCACUCCAAACUCUAUUCGGAACAGGCCGCAGUCGACAAAAACGCCAUGAAGGGCAUCUUGAAGGCUACCAUUGCAAAGGAAGGCGGUCGGCUGCCUCCCGCAUAUGAGUACCUGGUCAAACCACUCUCCUCAGACGCACGAGUAUGGGUAGUGCCCAACCCCAGAAAUUGCAAUCCAGGUCAGCCUCAGCUGUUCAUGGACAUGGUGAUCCAUGACGUGGCCAUAGCUGCAAGCAAGAAACAGGUCCACUCGGCCAUAGCGCUAGUAGAAUCUGCUGAUCUGUUGCGGAUGAAAAACAAGUACAAGAAAUUCCGACCAAAAGAUCUAUCUUCUCCAAAAGCAAAAUGGGAUUUUGCUAUCAAAUGUGUGCUGGUGAAAACAGUUCGACCCAAGCUAGACGUGUGGAAAUGGGAGAACAUCAAGAUGCACAGAGACACCUGCUUGCAGUAUCAGGAAGUCAUGCAGAAAGUGUACGGCAAGCCGAACUCCAAACUAACUGAACAAGAAGAGAUCAAAAAGGCCAUCGCUGAAGAGACUCUGGACGUGUUCGAUCUAGAUCUAUGUCGCCGACUGGCACAGCAAGCUGUGAAGCUGACUAAAGACGCUCUUGCUCAAGAACAGAAGCGCAAGAAGCAGGAAAAGUCGAGCGGGGGUUGGUUCGGCUGGGGAAGCAGCUCAAAAAAGAGCAGUGCGAAGUCGGAAGAAAUGAUAACAACGGUAACAGAAGAGAUAGAAAAGGGAAUGAAUGACGCGAAAAACAAAGCCGAAUUGUACAAAGCUCUCGGUUACGAUGACAAUGAAGAUAGCGGCAUGAUGAAUUACAGUCUGCUCCCGAAAGAGUUCAUCCAACUUGAAGUGGGAGUAAACCUGAAGAAGUUUUCGGUCACGCUCAAUGAAGACAUAGGGGGAGGGGUGAUGCAUAAUGUGUCUAAAUUCAGCAUGACAAACCUGAAGACUUCUUUAAUGAGACAACCUACUCCUGAUUACUUGAAGGCGAAGUUUGACCUUGGCAGACUUGAAAUAGACGGCAGCAUCGACACCAAAGCGGACGUGAAGACUACGAAACCGCCUCAGCUCUUAUCCAUUGUGCAAGAUAAUUCUAAGAAUUCGCUCAUCACUAUAGUGUUUGAGAUGAGCCCACUUAGUAACACAGAUGUAGAUUUUGCAGUGAAUGUGAGGUCGGAGUCCGUCCAGAUGACUUAUGAUUUUGGCACUGUGCAGAACUUGGUAGACUUCUUCAAGACUAAGCAGGAGGCGACGCUGGUUGUGGAUGAUGUGAAAGAUGCAGCUAAUAGACAGAUGAAGAAGUUCAGCAACACCUCUACUGCUGGCGUCCUCUUCCUACUAGAGAAACACAAGGUCAUCUUCCUCGACGUCAACCUCGAACCCUCAUUCGCACUCAUACCCGCAAAGGGUCAAAUCCAGUCGGAUGCGCCAGUCGUUAUUUUCAAGACAGGACAACUCAAAGUAGUCACUCAGAACACCAAGUCAGCCCUGAGGCAAGCUAAAGCCACAACAGCAAGCGCAGCGGCGGCUACAAAUGAAAGGGAAUUGGCCAGGACCACGACAAUGGACGAGAUCAAAGACAAGCCAUACGAUAGGUACAAUUGUACGCUGAGCAAUGUGCAGCUCUUCUACCUGGAGAAGAGCUACAACUGGAAGGAGAUCGCCUUCAACCCAGACUCCUCCGAGUCACUUGUCAAGCCGAUGGUGUUGACCCUGGAGCUGCAGAAGUGCAUGGUGAUGGAUGACCCUGAGUUCCCCCUGAUUAAAGUAUCGGGUGCCUUAGAAGACCUGUCGGUCAGGAUCUCGGACCUUAAGAUGAUUCAUUUGAUGGUGUUCUUGGACCAGAUGAAGUUCCCCAAAACAGAUGAUGAAAUGCCAGCCGCAUCACAAAGUGUUCCGACUGGAGACGUUCAGAAGCCAUCUGUGUCUGUUUACAAAGGAAAACAAAGCGAUAUGCACGACGUGUUGCAACAUGUAGACAAGCUAGACAGUCUCCUGCCUCUUGGGGACUCAUCUGGUGGCGGAAAAACUGACUUCGUGCCAGCCUCCAAACAACUCACAUUGGUGAAACUCAAGUACACGAUCCACAAGGCCUCUAUCAUCUUGUUAGAAGACCAUACAAGUACUGGUGGGGACGUGCAUCCUCUGUUACACAUCGAGCUGAAGAGACUGUUUAUUGGACUGAUGAAGAAGAACUACGAGAUCCCAAUCGUUAUCUCACUGCAGAGUGUGUCUAUAGUCCACCUCCAAAUCAAACAUGGUAACGAGAACUUGAAAUUCCUGGAGUCUAAACUUUCCGAGAAAAGAGGAGAUGCAGCGAGUGGAGGUGAUAUUAAGGAGGACGCGGAGUCCCAAAUGGUGGAAGUGAAAAUUCGCAUUGCAGAACGGAAGUCGCCAGUGUUCCACUCUGAAUACGAGUCUGUGGAAUUCCACGUGGAGGCCAAAUUGCACUCGUUGGCAGUAAGACUGCACCAGGAGGCUAUUCUGAGUGCACUUCAGUUUCAGAAGGGAUUGAUGGAAAGAUUGUUUCCGGAAAAACAGCAGAAUGAUAAGGCAGGAGCCGAUAAUGUCAGUCAUCAGUCAUUGGAUGUUCCUCAAGAUCAGGACUCCAGCAUGACGAGGCUGGAAGAAGACAGCAGAGGCCAAGAGAUGAGCCGGUUGGACAAGCUUGACCAGUAUAACCAGCUGCUUUCGAAGGAGAGGAAGACAAGGCUGGUGCAACUGCAGUUCUGGGCCCACUUGGGGGAGAUUGACUUGGCCAUAUCUUCAGACAGUCUGGUCGACAGAGACAUUGCCACGCUCAGACUAGAAGGUCUGUCCUCUUUCGUGGAAGUUGUUCCCUCAGAGACCAUCACUUUCAAGUCUUCCAUGGAGAAAAUCCAUGUCAUGGACACAAUCGAAAACACAGUCUAUCCAUAUAUCUUCAGAGUGAGUGGCAAUGAAGUGUUCAGUUUGGAUGUCAUUUACUAUUUUGGAGCCACGAGGGGUUCCGGUUAUUUGGACAUGGACAAGUUUGAUCUAAAAGUACAGUUGAAAACAGGAACUCCAAGAGUAGUCUACGUACAUAGAUGGGUUCAGUCUCUUAUCGAUUUUGCAAACCAUUUCCAAGAGGAGAUGAAACGAUUCGAAGAAGCAAGCUCAAAUGCGCUUAAAAACACUGCUGACUUAGCUCAAACAGUUUACCAGAAAGCCUUCCGAAUUAAGUUGGAUCUGGAAAUUUUGGCUCCCUCGGUUUUCAUUCCGAAAAAUUCACAGGCUGCAGAAGUCAUUUAUGCGAACCUGGGCCAUAUGAAGAUCGAAAACAAGUUCAAAGCGGUCGCUGUAACAGGGGGCAACGCAAUUUUAGAUGGACUGACCUUGAAAUUGAAAGACGUAAAGGUGUCACGGGCUCUGUUGGAUGACAAUGGAGGCAUUAAGGCAGAAUGUCAUUUGUUGGAUCCCUCUGUCAUGGAGAUUGAUGUUGUGAGAAACUUGACUCCUCUAUUGAAAACAGACCAAUCGGGAAUCGAGAUAAAUGGUAAAAUUGUGCGACUAGAAGCCGGUUUGGGACAAGCUGAUGUGCAAAUGGUGUAUGAGAUACUUUUUGGUAACUUUGGCGAAGUCGUGAAAGCAAAGCCGGUGCCAAAGAAACGACCGACAUCCAGCAGUUCCAGAGGGCGCAGGAGAUCCAGACAGCUUAAAACCAGCAAACAGUCCUCAAGAGCUAGCAGUGUCCAAAGCAGAAGCGGGGAAAAGUCAUCGAAGGUUUCAAACACGGGAGACGCGUCAAACGAAAUUGAGCAGUCGGUAUCGACUGAAAAAUUGGUGACGUUCAAAGCGUCUUUUAGUAUAGAAUCAGUGUGUGCGCAGCUGUUCAGCGACAGGAUAGAACUGGUGUCAGGGCUAGUGAAGAGAGAUCCGAGGUCGAAUCUUGCCAAGUUUGAACUGCUGACUAUGAACGUGAGGAUGAGGAUGUACUCUGACGAAGAUAUGGAGUUCCAUGCCAACAUGAUGGACUGCAUUCUGGACGACUCGAGAAAGAUCAGCACUGGUGCUAUUGUCAGGAUGAUGGAGCGGAAGAAGAAAAUUGACUCGUUAUCAAACAGUGGAGAUUAUGCCACUGCUCGAAUGGACUCAAUACCUGAACAGACGAGAGAGGGAAGCUUAGCUGACCAAUCAGCCAAUUCCACUUACAUGAUUGCCAUUGACUACGCCAAGGAAGGCGACGAGGAGAAGAUAGACAUGUUGUUGAAUGACAUGUACCUGUGUGUGUGCACUGAUUUCCUCCUCUCAGUGGGUGACUUCUUUCUGAAGAACAAACCAGUGAUGAGUACUGAGGGUGAUGAUAAGUUGGAGCAGGUGGAGAAGGCCAUAACUGCACCUCUGGAGACAAUCCAAGAAGAAGACGAUGACGGGAACGAGAAUGGCCAACUGGAGGCCGGCAUUUUGAUCGAGGGCGCAUUGAUACUCGCCAAGGGUUUACCUGCUGUUGUGGCUGAUGCAGUGAAGGAGCCGGAGAAAGAAGUGACACGGAUCAUUUCUGUCUCCUUCAGGAAUCCGGAGAUAGUGCUAGUGUCAGACACACGCAAUGACUACUCCCCUUGCCUAAUACUCACGUGGAAAGUGCGUUCAUCGAUAGUGAUGCGCGCCAAAGAGUUAAAGUUGACUGCCCUAGUGACAGACAUAGAGCUCAUCUGUUGUCCCUUCAAGAGUUCCCUUCGCAGGGGAAACACGAAGCAAGUAAUUCCCAAAUUCAACAUGCAGGCAUUCGCUAACCAAUCGGAAUCUUCGAAACAGCAGAAUAUGAAUAUAGACGUAGGCGAACUGGACAUCAAUAUAUCGCCAGCUGUGAUCAAAAUCAUGCAGGCUGUGGCAAUAAUAAUGUCGAAGCAUCAGGCGCUGGAUGAACAACGAGGUGUAUACGGGGUUACUGAUGCACUUUGGGCACCGAAAGAGGUUAAGAGUGACGACGUGGCCUUCCUGAAGGCUCCAGUCCAUUCGCUGGCCAAGAUAACUUCAGUGGAUGCUCCUUCUAACUUAGACGAUGACUCAGAAUCCGCGUUUUUGACGGUACCUCGAGUGACAAUAAAGUUGGACAUCAGUGACAGCACAGGAAUCACCCAACCCAUCCUCCUCAUGGAGUCAUCUCUGUCUGUGCGAAUCAACAACUACAUCUCCACUGACAGACUUAGCAUAGUGGCUGAGACAACUCUAGGAGUGGAGUACUUCAAUGGCCUGGUUAAUGCGUGGGAACCCGUAGUGGAACCAAACAGAUUCGUUACUGACAGAGGCCAAACAAAGAGUGAGCUGUGGUGCAUGAAGACGGAAAUCAAACACAAUGUGGGAGAGUCCACUCCAGACUCUUUAGGAGCUGAAGGCAACUCGGCUCAAUGGUGUGUCAACAUAUCCGCCCAAAAGUCUCUUCAAAUGACUGCGACAUCCAAGUUCUUGCAAACCAUGGAACAGGUCCAAGAAGCUUUCGCAAGCUCUUUCUCUCUAGUUUACAAUGACGACCAAACGUGUGAUUUAAUUGGGGACAUGGCGCCAUACGCGAUUGUGAACGAGUCUGGUCGGGAGUUGAGUGUUCUCGUGCCUCGAGACUUUUCGGUGAUUGGAUACGACGUGGAUCAGGGUCCGGAUGAUACCAGUCUUGUCCAUAUGGGACCACUGGAUCGAAUAGAACUGGCGCCGAAUUCGAACAUGAGCGCGGAUAAGUUCAAACGUCUGUCAACUCAGGGAAAGUUUAUCAGAGGCAAUUCAAUGGCGAGCUGUAAACCUGAUGCAGAUGCGGAGGAGGAUGAGAAUCUGAAGGUGCGGUUCCACAUCAUAGUGCCUGGAUCCCAGACUAUCAACGACGUCUCCCUGACCAAGCCAGGGUUCCACUUCUACAACAUCCUUCCUGUUACAGACUACAGGUGUGAACCUUCUCUCGAGAUACCAAAAACGACGAAAGAGCAGAAAGAGAAAAAAUCUUCAUGCCGAAAAAUUUGGAGCUUUAUCCAUAAAUCAAUCUCCUAUGCUCAACAUUCCAAUUCAAAAGUUGAAUUGAUCAAUCACUUUCCUCUUGAAAGACGGUUUUCGUUGGUGGUGCAAAACGGACUAAAUUCGAACGGACACCAAAACGUCUGUACAAUAUCGUCUUCACUGAUCCUUCAAAACCACUUCGACAUUUUCUUCGAAAUAUUCCACAAAGACACUCUCCUGGGCUGUGUGGAACCACGUGGAAAAUUCGGGGUGCCAAUGGAGCAGGCAUUCUACCCUCUGGAAAGCCAGAUGUUCAUCAAACCGAGAGUGAAAGAAGGCGAACGUGCUAGGUGGUCCUUUUCUCAGAAGGCGAUAGAUUGGAGAGUGAUCAAGAAGAAUGGAGGCGCGAGGAGGGUUCUGAUUGAGCAGUGUAAUGUGGAUCCUGAGUAUGCGAGAUCUGAAACUUUGUUGCCUCUCAGAAUGAUUUUGCAGCUUGAGACUAUCAAGUUCGGCACGAUCCAAGGUCGUCUGCAGGACACUCCUCAUUACGUCAUUCACAUGAAGCCCACUUGUAUUCUGCGCAACCUGUCCCCUUACCCCAUCUACCACAGAGUGAGAGCGGCAGAUGCGAACAGUGGAAGCAACACGGCCAACACCAGAUCUUACCAGAUGCUCGCCUACGGAGAACAAGAGGUCGUGUAUGAGGCAGUGCAGGGUAGUACUAAACUGGACGUGGAUCUAACAGACCAGACAGACAAGAGAUACCCUGGCUACGUUACAGUGAGGAAGGGCAACCAGGCGCAGUGCAUCACCUACGGACAGUGGUUUGAUGCGGAAAAAUCAGCCUCAUUGGUGAUGGGUAUGUCGUGGGAGUUUGACGAGAGCAACUUCCUGGUGAUGUCCAUAUUCGCACCUUACUGGAUUGUGAACAGACUCGAGAGAGACCUAUACAUCAAGCGUGCGGAUGAUGAGAAAGUGCUGCUACACCCGCGUGACUUCGCCGGCAUCACUCUGUUCACGCCCUCUAGUAAGGAGACAGUGGAGAAGAUGCGACUGUGUGUGCGAGUGGACAACACCCUCUUCUCCGACAGUCUCAACAUACAGGCUGUCGGUAACGCUGAGGUGGCAGUGUGUCCACGGAGGAGUGGAGGCGACCAAUUGGUGGGAGUGACUAACACUCUAUCCAAGAUGGGAUACACCAAAAUCAUUGUCAUCACUCCCAACUUCAUUCUACUCAACAACACUAAGUACCAUCUGGAGUACGCUCAGUUCUUCCAAGACCAAGACGCGAGUGAGUCUCAGACGUGGAAGCCUCUGGCCGAAGGAGGAGUUGUCGGGUUCUGGCCGGAGACGCAGGAUAUCCAUGGGAAUGAUUGCAGGAAAAAGAUGCAGAUGAUGCUGCGUAUGGGUCCGAGCAGCACUUCCAAGCCCUUCUUCAUUUCGCGCACGGACGAUUUUCUGGUGCGCAUGCAGCAGAUUGGCUGUGUUCACAUUUCUGUAAGCGUGAGCGAGAGUGCGACUACUAUCACAGUGAACACUUACUUCCCGGGAGCAGCACCUGCUAAACUCUUCAAUCUCACCGACAGAACCAUACUACUAUGGCAGAACCAGAAAUCAGAGCGUGAAGCGAGUAAUUCGGCUUUUAAGGCGGCUUUGCCCUCCUUUAUUGCACAUCAUCUAGAGUCUUCUUCUUCGUCCUCCUCUUCGGAGUCUGAGUUCGAAGAGUAUGACCUCGCAGAUAGUCCAAAUCUGUUCACUCUAAAAGUAUCUCGGACCAAAAGCUUGUCCAACGAUCCGGCGCCUCCCGAGAAGACAUAUGUGCUCGCGCCUAACACCCACAUGUUGUUCACGUGGACAGACCCCACUGCACAGAGACUGCUAUGCUACAAAGUGGAUGGACAACUCACAUCUAGUCCCCACCAGAAGGGAGACAAGCAGCAGAACAAGCCUGUACAUCCCUUUUUUGAUCUCCAGAAGGACGAGUUCCAGGAGAUCCAGUGUGGCCAACUUGAUGGCAGUGGUGAAGGCGUGGCUAAAAGGUACUACGGAGCCAGUAUGUUGUGCAGACAGCAGAGAGUUCUCGUGUUCACUGACGAUCAGUGUCUGGCCACUGGAACUAAAUACGACGAUGAUUAUGAGGACUACUGUAACGUGGAGCAAAAGCUGCAUGAGACGUUCACUUAUGACGUGAGUGUUGAGUUAUUCGGACUGGGCGUGUCUCUUGUGAACAACACAGUGACGAAAGAACUGCCAAAGGAGAUCCUGUACAUGGGCGUCACUCCCACAGACGUUGCCUGGUUCUACUGGGGAAAGGGCAAGAGGCACUGGACCUCGUUCACUCUCAAUUCCACGCUGAAGAUAGAGGAGGCAUACCAGAGCUACCUGGACCAGGUCAGGACCAACGCCGACACUGCCACACAUCAGGUGACAAUCAACAUAGGCGGUGGUUCCCACACAUUUGACUUCUCCAAGAGUCCCAUACAGCUGCUGAAGCCGGAUAAGAGGAAGAUCAAGAGGACCUACCUGCAUGGCAUAUCCAUCCAGUACCAACAGUCCCCCAACGUCACCCACUUCCACUUCAAGAUGAACAGACUUCAAGUGGAUGACCCCCUGCCCACAUGCAUGUUCCCAGUGGUGUUCGCCCCUGUGCCCCCUCCCCGCAGCAUAGUGGGAGACAGGGAGCCAGCUGCAUUCAUCCAGGCAUCCGUUGUCAUGCAGAGGGGAUCUGGACAGCUCCUUCUGUUCAAGUACUGCAAGGUGCUCAUCCAAGAAUUUGCUGUGAAGAUAGACACCACUUUCCUUGGAGCUCUGCAGAUGUUCUUUAAGGGCAAUCAGAUCAAAACCAACGUGAAGCAGUAUUUGGAGAUGGACGUGGACUUGGCCCACACUCAGUUGGCGGACACGGAGGCAGUGCAGAUUGCCAGGGGCACUCAGAGACACUACUAUCAGGACCUCAAUUUGGGUCCCAUCAAGAUGCUUCUGAGUCUUUCGCUUGCGCGUGGAGAAAAUGACACGGCGCUGCUGCCGAUUGACAAUUCCUUCCUAGACGGAUUGACACAGACUUUGGGUGUGGUAUUGACAGAGCAGCAUGACACGUGCAUUAAGUUGUCCUAUUUCGAGAGGAAGAAUCGAUUCAUGACAGUGAAACAAUUGACGAAUCAGGCCCAGAAGUUCUACACUAAUCAGAUAGUGAAGCAGUUCUACUUCUUCUUUGCCAAUCUGGAUGCCCUGGGCAACCCACAGAAGCUUUUCCUCGGCAUCAAAGAAGGCGGCACUGACCUCUUCUACGAACCAUACCAGGGUGCUAUUCUGGGUCCUCAGGAGUUCGUGGAGGGACUGGGGAUAGGGGUGAAGAGUCUGGGCAGCCAUGCCAUCGGGGGAGUGUUUGGGGUGGCCUCGAGUGUGACUGCAUCUGCCGGACAGGCCAUCGCAUUCCUCUCGUUUGACGAGAAACACAAACAGGAGAGACGCAACGACAUGCGCGACAAGCCACAACACGUCGGGCAGGGACUGACGAAGGGCUUCAAGAGGUUCGGCAGUGGAGUGCUCAGUGGGGUCACGGGGGUCAUCACCCAACCCAUCCAGGGGGUGAAGAAGGACGGGGCCAAGGGACUGGUGACAGGCAUAGGGAAGGGGGCAGCAGGACUGGUGGUGAAGCCAGUGGGCGGAGUUGUCGAUCUGGCCAGCAACACCUUUGAGGGCAUACGGGGAUCGGCCGAUGAUGCGGUGAUUGUCCACUUGUUGCGAACUCCGAGAGUGGUAAGAGCGGACUGUGUAGUGAGACCCUAUGACUCAUACGAGGCCAGAGGCAACGCAAUUCUAGCUGCUCUGAGGGUUAACCAGAGGUACAACUCACACGCAUUCACAAACAACAAGUCACUCAAGGGAGCAAUCAUCGUCACCAACAGGGGAAUAAUCCACGCGGAGAAGCGUGCCCUGGUGACUGCAUUCGAGAGAUGGGAGGUGGUGUCCCAAUACGCCUUUAAGGACAUCCAGGACCUGCCAGAGAACAACCUGGACGACGACCAGUUCCGCCUCAAGCUCAACUCCGGAAACACAAAAGUGUUGUCCGUACAGCCUGCGAACAAAAAAUUCCUGAGGGAAAGGACUCUGGAGGCUCAUGAGGACUUUGUGAAGAUGAGGGCUAGCUCAGACUAAUUAACGAGCAGGUGAUCGCAAAUCGAAUGAACAGAUGUUCUUCUCAGUCAGUGCUACCUACUGAACGAAAAAACUGUCUAUGAGUUUGGAUCCUUCCAAUUGAAAACACUAUUCGCUUUUUCAUCUAAUAUCGAAAAAAUGAUUCCGUUUCACAGCAUAAACUGUCCGAAAAUUACAAAUCACUUGAUUUAGUUUGAGAUACUUAAUUAUUCUUCUGCCCAAAAUUAUUUAUUUCAUCCGUAGAGCAGAGCUUAUUUGUUAAUACUGAUUUGGGUUUGAAUUUAAAGGCUGUAUUCUUGAA